UACCCAAAAUAAUGGACGAUGACUACGAGAUAUUCCUAGAGAAUCUCGACAACAACAAAUACCUAGAUCAAACCAUUUUAAUAUUAUUAAGCGAUCAUGGUAUACGUUGGGGAGACAUACGAUUCACAAAGCAAGGUCGGCUGGAAGAACGAUUGCCUUUAUUUCACAUUUUGUUACCACCAUCAUUCCGCGAAACGUAUAGCCUAGCAUAUAAUAAUAUGAAAACUAACAGGCGCCGGUUGACAACACCAUUCGACGUGCAUGCAACACUUCUGGAUCUCAUCAACCUUAACGAAUUAGACAACGAAAGAAUCAAACGAAGAAGCAAUGAAUACUAUGCCUCCGAUAGAAGCAUAAGUUUAUUCUUGCCAAUACCUACCAACCGCACUUGUAAGACAGCUGAGAUCGCCGACCAUUGGUGUACUUGUCAUAAAUCCCACCGAGUACCGACGGAUAGCAUUGAGGGUCAGGAAGCGGCUCUACAUCUAGAGCAACAUUUGAAUAAGCUAUUACAUGAUUAUCCGCAAUGUGCACAACUCCAAGUGACUGAGAUUAUAGAAAUGAUUCAGAUGGAUGCAGGCACACCAGAUCAAGGUGAGGUUGGAUGGGAAGAGUUCAUGGUUGUGGUACGCACACAGCCUGGCGGCGCUGUAUUCGAAGCAACACUACGACAUGAUUAUGACGAGUGGGUGCUAGCAGGCACAGUCAGUCGACUCAACUUGUAUGGCGAGCAGAGUCGCUGCGUCCAUCACUAUCAGCUUAAAUUGUAUUGUUAUUGUCAAUAGCCACUAAUGUAACGCAAUAAAAACAGCUGUGAUAUUAUAAAAGAGAUGCUAUGAUAAGGAAAAUUUAUGUAAUGGUAAUAUGUGAAUAGGAAACAAAGACGGAGGUUAACCUAAGAUAAUACUGAGUAAAUUUGGUUUUGCGUUAUGUAACAGGCGAUGUGUUGCUCAAGUUUACCACGGCCUAAUUUUAUUUUUGAUGAUUUAGAAGAAGUAAGUGCAUUUAUGAAAAUGUAUACGCAGUACGGGUUUUAAUGUAAAUGACAAACUAGAAACUUUAUUCCUUUUAGAUUAUUAUUAAUAUCUCAAUAUGAACAUCGAUAGGUUCCCCACAUCACCUGGAACAAAAAAAGUAGCUUGA